UGUAUGUGUUGUGUAACAAUGAGUAAACGAAGCAGAAAAAUUGUUGAACUUGCUUUGAGAGAUGCUGAAAUGUCAGGUGACGAAUCUGACCCCUUUAGUUCACUUGAUUCCGAUCUUGAUCCCAUGUUUUUGCCAACCAGUGAUGAAGAAAUAUUAUCCAGUUCAGAUUUCUCAGACAUAGAAGCAUCUUCAGACAUGUUUUGUCAGAAAAUAACAUUGUCCAAACCCAAGUCAAAUAUUAAACGCAAAUUGCAAUCAUCCAAAAUCACUUCAAAGAAAUUGUGUACGAGGAAUGUUUUGGAACAACCAAGCUGUUCUACAUCACUUUUGCCCGAUGAUGCCUCUGAGGAGGAAGAAGAAGUUGCUGAUGCUACAGCCACAAUUCCAUUUACAGCAACAGACGACAAUAUGUUAUCUAAAAAUUUGGAAAGGGAACAGAACAAUAUUUCAUCUGAACAAUUGGAAGAAUUUUUUGAUGUUGAAACUUUAGCUCAAACUCAAUUAGCAGAUACUGACGAUAUCCAGGAAAAUGAGGUUGGAGCAAAUCAAAAUGUUCUAGAACAUACGUGGACGCAGCCAAUUGGAAAUCAUCACGAAUUUGAAUACUCUGCGGAAGAUGGAUUAUGUGGCAAUUACGCUGCAAUCCUUAUAAAUGAUUUAUCGCCUUAUAAGUGUUUUCGUACUUUCGUUGAUGAUGAAAUAAUUGACGAGAUUGUAAAUCAAACUUAUAUGCUACUCAAAUAUUGUGUGAUUCCAACGAUAUUACCAAUGAUUCAAGACUACAGAGAUGGGUUCCGACCGAUAAAAAAGAAAUGA